AUGUUCGGGUCCCCCCCGCCAGGUGGGCGCUUCUCUGUGUCCGGCCACAGGGCGAAGAAGCCGUAUGCCGAGGAGAGUAUUAGUAACCUCCUGCCCCUCCUGGAGGAGAAGCCUGUCAAACCUCCCAGGUAUGUAUCCAUAUAUAGACCAUCUGUGAAGUGCGAAGCAGAGAAAAACAAAGCUCAGUGGAAAACUAUGGGACCAGCAAAAGUUGUAGUGCCAUCUCCAAAAAAUUUUCUGCAGAAACAUUCAAAGGAACUCAAGCUACCAGCAAGAAAAAAAGAACAGGAUCCUGAGAAAUUGCCUGAAUUAUCAGUGCCACGGAGGACAGAUCGCCCAGUUAUGGGAAUUCAGAGUAAAAAGAAUUUUAUAAAUACAAAUGCAGUUGCUGUUAUCACAGGGCUGCCUAAAAAGCCUCAACCUAUUUGUGUUGAUAGAAGACAGGGAGAUAAAUACCUACUUGAAACUUCAGGACUUCUUCCAAAAUAUGUUAAGAAAAAGGAUUAUGGUGUUAUACCAAAAUAUGUAACACGGAGAAAUGAAGAAAGGGAGAGAGCUCAGAAAGAAUAUGAGACCAGUAUCUUGGAGAAUCUCAGGAAAAAAGCCAUGAAACGGUUAACUGAUGAAGAAAGGAAAACUCUCCUGCAGGGGCUGAAAAAGAACUGGGAGGAAGUGCAUCGUGAAUUUCAGAGUCUUCCAGUAGAAAUGGACACCAUUCCCAAGAAGUUAAAUAAAGAAAAGCUGGAAAUACAGAUGAAACAACUGGAGCAUGACAUAGAUGUAAUUGAGAAGCACAAAGUUAUCUACAUUGCAAAUGAGUAAGGACUGUUUUUCAGAUAUUGUCUCUUUCCUCCUUUUUCUCUAUCCAUGCAUCUCCAAGAAGUGCCCCUAAAUUCUCAGAAGAAAGUGAUGCUGCCAACUAUUCAAAAGAAAAUAUUCAACUAAUAUAACUAUGUAGCUUCUUAUAAAAGUUGUUACAUAUAGCUCUCAUCUGUACAAUUCACAAAAUGUUUUGAAAUAAAAUUAAACUCUCAGAUU